CUACCGGCAGGAGCGGCUGCCCGGCGCUACCUGGCGCUGUGUUCCCAGCGGUUCGCAAGGUAAUCCGCACACCGCAGCGAAGUAGACUUUGUGGGAUUUCUGUCUCCGGGGAGCCGCCACCCUGAGAGGGGUCUGCUGCUGCGUCCUUGCGGUGAGCCGCGUGCCCCGGAGCUCCGGCUCUGUUCCUGCGGGGUGCGAGGGCACUGAGGGCCUGGUAGGGAGGCGAGGAGCCGCGCGCCACGCUCCAUUCCCCAGCUGCUGCUGCCCUGCCCCGGGCUGGACCCUCGGACAGACAGAAUUCCUCCGGCUCUUCCAGCCCAAAGUCCUGCCACUUCCUCUACCCAGCAGCCUGUGUCCUGGGCCUCACCAACAUACGUGUGAGUAGGAACAAGCCAUCCCAUCAGCAGCCAUGAAUUUCCUCCGGCGGCGUCUCUCUGACAGCAGCUUCGUGACCAACCUGCCCAAUGGCUACAUGCCGGACUUGCAGCGCCCAGACAGCUCCACCAGCUCCCCCGCCUCCCCAGCCAUGGAGAGGAGGCACCCGCAGCCCCUGGCCGCCUCCUUCUCCUCCCCGGGGUCCAGCCUGUUUAGCUCCCUCUCCAGUGCCAUGAAGCAGACCCCGCAGGCCCCCUCGGGGCUCAUGGAGCCUCUGGGUCCCUCCACACCUGUUGUUCAAAAACCCAGGAUCCUGUUGGUGAUUGACGACGCACACACAGACUGGUCAAAGUAUUUCCAGGGAAAGAAGGUGAACGGGGAGAUCGAGAUUCGAGUGGAACAGGCUGAAUUCUCAGAGUUGAACCUUGCUGCCUAUGUGACCGGGGGCUGUAUGGUGGACAUGCAGGUCAUAAGGAACGGGACCAAGGUUGUAAGCAGAUCCUUCAAACCAGACUUCAUCCUGGUCCGCCAGCAUGCCUACAGCAUGGCCCUGGGCGAGGACUACCGCAGCCUGGUCAUCGGCCUGCAGUACGGAGGGCUCCCCGCCGUCAACUCUCUCUACUCCGUCUACAACUUCUGCAGCAAGCCCUGGGUGUUCUCUCAACUCAUUAAGAUCUUCCAUUCCCUGGGUCCUGAGAAGUUCCCGCUUAUGGAGCAAACAUUUUUUCCCAACCAUAAGCCAAUGGUCACAGCCCCACACUUCCCUGUGGUGAUCAAGCUGGGACACGCGCACGCCGGAAUGGGAAAGAUCAAAGUGGAAAACCAGCAUGACUACCAGGACAUCACCAGCAUAGUGGCCAUGGCCAAAACCUACGCCACCACUGAGGCCUUCAUCAAUUCCAAGUACGACAUCCGCAUCCAGAAAAUCGGAUCCAACUACAAGGCUUACAUGAGAACCUCUAUAUCUGGCAACUGGAAGGCCAACACAGGAUCUGCCAUGCUGGAGCAGGUGGCCAUGACCGAGAGGUACAGACUAUGGGUGGACAGCUGCUCGGAAAUGUUCGGCGGCCUGGACAUCUGUGCGGUCAAGGCCGUCCACAGCAAGGAUGGCAGAGAUUACAUCAUUGAGGUAAUGGACAGCUCAAUGCCCCUGAUUGGGGAGCACGUGGAAGAGGACAAACAGCUGAUAGCCGACCUCGUUGUCUCCAAGAUGGGCCAACUCCUGAUGCCAGGAGGCACAGUACCCUCACCCCUGAGACCUUGGGCUCCUCAGACUAAAUCAGCAAAAUCCCCAGGCCAAGCCCAGCGGGGACCUCAGCUAGGACAACCCCAGCCACGCCCACCUCCACAAGGGGGCCCUCGUCAAGCUCAGUCUCCUCAGACCCCAAGGUCUGGAAGCCCCUCCCAACAGAGACUGUCCCCACAAGGCCAGCAGCCCCUGAGCCCCCAGUCGGGAUCUCCACAGCAGCAAAGGUCACCAGGCUCUCCACAGCUAUCCCGGGCGUCCAGUGGCAGCUCCCCAAACCAGGCCUCCAAGCCAGGCACCAUCCUCACGGCACAGCCCCGGCCCCCAGUGCAGGGCCGAAGCACCUCUCAGCAGGGUGAAGAGUCCAAGAAGCCUGUACCGUCCCACCCCCAUCUCAACAAAUCUCAGUCCCUGACUAACAGCCUCAGCACGUCCGACUCCACUCAGCGUGGGACCCCGAGUGAGGACGAGGCCAAGGCCGAGACCAUCCGCAACCUGAGGAAGUCCUUCGCCAGCCUGUUCUCUGACUAACGCCACCCACCCCACUGUCCUUCUCAGCCUUGGUUCCUGAUGAGAACGGAAUGGAGGGCCUGAGAACAGACUGUCUAAAUGCCUUCGACACAGG